UGCACAUCCUCCAGCAGCAGCGUUACGAGCUUACAGAGACAAGACCAGUCACACCCGAGAGGAAACCAGCGCUCCAUUCAUCAGUCAUUCUGCUCUUGAACAUUUAGAGCUGUGAGCAUCACGGAUCAGUGUGAGUGUGUGUGUGUGUGUGAGUGAGUGUGUGAGCGAGAGACAGCAUCAUCAUCAUCAUCAGCAGCAGCAUCCAGCGGAGGACAAAGGCGCAGAAAUGGGUCACAGCAGCGGCUGAUCUCAGGGUCUGUCUCUUCAGCUCCGUGCUCCUCAAGCGUCACGUCAUGUUCCUCAGCUGUGUUCUGCUGCUGUGUCUGCUGCUGCGCGUCUGCGGCGGGACGCUGGACCCCGACAGAGAGAUGUGUUACUCUCGGCAGCAUCGGGACGCUGCUGUAAACACACACGUGGCUCUGGAUCAGAAGGGAGCCGUCAUGGAGGCCCGAGCCAAGCCUUCAGAGAAAGACUGCAUCCUGACCUGCUGCUCGGAGGACGUGGCUCCAGGGCUGAAGUGUAAUCUGGUGGUGUAUAGACCGCCGAAGCGGCUCGGAGAUCUCAACUGUCAGCUCUUCCACUGUCCGAGCGAGAGAGAGUGUCCGCUGAUGACCGCCGGCGCCGGGGUCAACACCUACAACAUAUUCAAGGGUAUAACUCAUCCGACAACUAGAGGAAGAAUAACAGCCAAACCCACAGCAGCACAGCUGACCACCACACCCACAACCACACCCACCACACCCACAACCACACCCAUGACCACACCCACCACACCCAUGACCACACCCACAACCACACCCACCACACCCAUAACCACACCCACAACCACAACCACACCCACCACACCCACAACUACACCCACGAGUACAGCUACAAGUACUACACCAGCACCAACCACAUCCUCCUCCAGCAGCAGCAGCAGAUGCACUGAAGAAGCUCCGACUGAGUCAGAAUCACCCAUGAUCCUCGAAACCGUCACUAUGACAACCGCACCCGCUACCACGGCAACCAGCACCACACAGUCCAGCACCACCACCACCACGACUAAAAGCACCAGCACUAAAGCACCGCGUCCUCCUCCACGGACGUCCCUCAAACCCAGCCGACCCAAGAAACCCAGCAAACCCUCGAGACCAGAGACGCCCCCAGUGAAGCCCGUCAGAGCCACGCCCAUCCCUACGCCCCCCCCCACGACCCCCGAGCGCCCCCCUGCAGCGGUGAUCCAGCUGGGGAGCGACCCGACGCGCCGGGCGUUCACUCGUGGUCGUCCCGUUCUGUCUCUUCCGGGGAAGCCCAAGGUGUCUCGAGUGAUGUGGAAGAACAGCCUGGUGGCCAUCGUGGUGAUCACGCUCAUCUUCCUCACACUCAUCCUCGCUCUGGCGGCCCGUAAAGCCAUGGAGUCGUUCGACAGACGCCACUACACCAGACUGGAGCUCAACGACCUGCACUACGAGGUUUAAACACCGUUUUAAUAUUUAGGCUGUGGACGCUUCGUCUGUGAAAGAGAGAAAUAACAAGCAAUACACUGAACUCAGGUCGCCUCGAUGAUGAUGGUGCACAGCUUCACUCCUGUCUGACACUUCUGUGCUUUCCUCAGUGAGUUCUGCUCUGAUGGAGUCGUCCUGAUCCAGAACACGUUUGGUUUGUGCUCCUCUGUCCUGUGUUCAGCUCAGAUCACUCAGAACAGAUCCUCACGUGCGUCCCAUGUUUCAGUGUGAAUGUGGGUGUUUUGUAAUGAUCGUCUGCUUUAAUGAUCACUGAUCAACAGCAUGAGAUUCUGAAACCUGUCUGUUUUGAUCUUAUUCUGCUUCGGUAUUUUCUAAUCUGUUAUUAUAUGUUUGUUGUUGGUGAAUUUUUGGCUUCGCAGACACCUUGAGGUUAAUGUGAUUAUUUCUCUUGCAAGAAAUAAAAAGGAGUCUUUUUCAAUA